ACGCUGCUCUGCCGUUCACUCUCAUUCACUCGCUCGCGACCGAAUAAGCCCGUCGCUCGUUCAGUGUUUCGAAUUUCGAAAUCGUGAUUGUGUUUUGUUUAUAAAAAAUCGUGGAAAUGGCGAACCUGGCGCUUUUGGUCCCCGUGCUGCUGGUAGCUUUAUUCAUUAAAGAAGGAGAGUCAGUCCGCUGCUGGACGUGCUCGUCGGACCUCCACAACAACUACUGCUCGGAUCCCUUCAUGGCCGGUCGGAUCGACAAUCCUUAUGGAGUGCAGUUGUCUAACUGUGACGCGAACACUGGCGCCACCUACCCUUACCUCACCUCUUCUAAGUCGGCGUGCAAGAAGCAGAGGAAAUACGUGAACGGCGAGCUGGUGAUCUCCCGAGGCUGCACAUGGAAGCGAGCCGACGACUACUCCACGACCUGUCCCAGCACGUCCAACGGCCCCAACGAGGUCACCUCCUUCUGCGAGACGUGCGACUACGAUGGCUGCAACGGCGCCGGCGCACUUGCGAAGACAGCUGCGCUACUCUUGGCGCCCGUAGCGCUUCUUUUGUUUAAGUAGACUUUAUUUUAAUUGUAAGGGACCUUUUGAACGCCAGAUAUUUCGA